GGGCGACCAAUGGGAAGUGGCCUCUUUGGUGUCCGCCAUUAGCGCGCGGUGGUGGCUGUGAGGCGGCCGGGCGGGAGCAACGGUUGCGGAGCGCAGGUACAGGUGCAUUAAAGUGAAACAUGGCUGAUAAGAACAGCAAAGGGGAUGAUGCUUCUGUAGAGCCUUUGGGAGCAGACAAACUGCCAUCUGAAAGCAAAGGAAAAGCAAAAUUGACAGCCCAAGUCAUGCAGAAUCCACAAGUCUUGGCAGCAUUACAAGAAAGACUUGACAAUGUAACGCACACUCCUUCCAGCUAUGUUGAAACUUUACCUAAAGCUGUAAAGAGAAGAAUAAAUGCCUUGAAACAUCUUCAGGUCAAGUGUGCCCAUAUAGAAGCCAAAUUUUAUGAAGAAGUUCAUGAGUUGGAGCGGAAAUAUGCAGCCCUUUACCAGCCAUAUUUUGAAAAGAGACGAGACAUAACAACAGGGAAUGUAGAACCUACAGAUGCGGAAUGUGAAUGGCAUAGUGAGGAUGAGGAAGAGCUAGCAGAAGAAAUGAAGAAGAAAGCAGCAAUUGAGGAAAAGAAAGAAGAAGCUGAGCAAGAGGAGAAUCCCAUAGGAAUUCCUGAUUUCUGGGUCACAAUAUUCAGAAAUGUAGAUAUGUUGAGUGAACUUGUAGAGGAACAUGAUGAGCCUAUCUUGAAGCACUUGCAGGAUGUCAGAGUGAAGUUCUCAGAACCCAAUGAGCCUAUGAGUUUUACAUUAGAGUUUCACUUUGAGCCAAAUGAUUACUUCACAAAUUCUGUAUUAACCAAGACGUACAAGAUGAAGUCUGAACCUGAUGAGACUGACCCUUUCUCCUUUGAGGGCCCAGAAAUAGUUGAUUUUGUAGGGUGUACUAUUGACUGGAAGAAAGGAAAGAAUAUAACUGUAAAAACUAUUAAGAAGAAACAGAAGCACAAGGGUCGAGGGACUGUCCGAACCAUCACCAAACAAGUACCAAAUGAUUCCUUCUUCAACUUUUUCAAUCCAUUAAAAGUUUCUGGACAUGGUGAGGCAGAAAUGGAUGAAGAGUUUAACUUAGCCACAGAUUUUGAAAUUGGACACUUUUUCCGUGAGCGGAUAGUCCCUCGAGCGGUCUUGUAUUUCACUGGAGAAGCCAUAGAUGAUGAUGAGGAUUAUGAGGUGGAGGAAGGUGAAGAAGGUGAAGAGGAGGAUGAUGAUGAUGGUGAGGAGGAGGGGGAUGAAGAUGAUGAUGCUGAGAUUGAUCCGAAAGUGCCAUCGACCUGUAUACAAUGCAACUGAAAUUGCACCGUGUUCUGCACUGAACUACCGCCUCCGCCCCAUCCCCCAUCCCCCAUGUGUCAAAUGGAUUGUGAUCCAAGUCUAGCUGUAAAAUUACAACAUUAUUAUCCUCGUUUACCUGGGGUGCUUUAUGUAUGACAUGGGUCCAAGCCUAUUAAACUAUUAUUGCUCAUCACUCCAAGGCAUCAGCUCCCAGGUGGGGUUGAGCAACAGUUUUUGGCAUUUUUCUAUGUUACUUCUUGAAAUUUGGAUGAGAUGUGAAAGGUAGUCUUAUUUGCCCAAUCCUAAUUGUUUUAUGGGCAAUAAGAAUUCACCACAGUAUUGGGAUGGUGAUAUACCAGUCCAGGUAGAAUCCAUUAAGAAUCAGGUGGGAUUUGUAGACUUCUCAGGGGAAGAAAAGCAGUUUUCAAAGUUAUUUUGCAGUGCUGUCUCACCAGAUUGUUGCAUUCAGUUUCACAACUUGCAUUGUUGAUAUUUUAAGACUUCUAGAAUAUUAGUCCACUCCCAUAACCACUAGGUUGCCAUAUCUUAAUGUAGAAAUACUGUUUAGUUUGUUAGUUGAUGUGUGCUGAGCAAAGCUGAGUAUUAGCAGGCAUGCUAAAAUAUUCUGCACGUUAAUUUUGUUUAAUAGCACCAUGACUAUUGCGUGCUGUUUUAAGGUUCGAAACUGACUUUUUUCCUUCUGGCUAGUCCUUAUUUGCUUCUGCGGUGUCCAUACUUGCAAAUCCAAGGUUAAAGCUAAGUAAGUAACACUAUUUAGGACAUCGCUCUUAAUCUCUUUGGUACAUUGUAGUUUCAUGCCUUUUGGAUUUGUUGCUGUGUGCUCAUUUGACACAUGCAUCGUCUUCAACUUCAACAUAUUACUUGGGAAUAAUGGUCUUGAAGAGCUUUAUGGUGUAAAGCAGCUUCGCAUGUAAAUAGUUCCCUGUCCUACCUCUGUUUGUAUCAAAUGCAGUCGGUCUUUCUUGUAUUAAUUCCUGUUGACAAGAUUGUAUUUGACUUCUACCUCUUUGAUCCUUCCCUUAAGAUUACAGUUUAUUGAACAACAUACACACUGCUUUCACAAGUAACUCUGACCACUGCAUUCAAAGGUUAACUUUAAAAUUUGAAAUGGUUAAUUUUACAUAAUUGAUAAAGUUCUGUAUUGCCUAUCCUAUUAUAUACAAAACCUAAAGCUCCCUAUUCUGUCAUUUGCUAAUCUACAUUGCUAUUGGGCAUUUUAAGUUCUGUGUAACAGGUGUUUUGAUUCAGCAGUAAAAAAAAAGUUCUUGAUCCCUAUGGUUCUCUGUAUUGCUUUCAAAUGCUCUUGAAACUUGUUAACCAUUGUAGUUAAUGCAUGUUAGUGCAUGCAGGGCAUGCUGAUUUUAGGAGCAGAAAUUGAUUAUUGAUAGACCAAGACUAGAUACUUUAUGUUCAAAUGACUAAAUCAAAAGAUUUCCAUUUGUUUUGCAAAUUGAUAUGUAUGCCUUAGGAAAUUAUUUUUUCUCGUGUUGACAGAUGCACACUUCAAUAAUUUUUGAACUGUUUCGCAUUUUAUAGUAAGUGUCUCACUAUCUCCCCAAUAAACCAAUAAACAAGUGACAUGCAGUGCCAAAGGUGUCUUUUUAAGUCAUUUAUUGAUAAUUCAGUUUUGUAAACUGAGAAGUAAUUGCACUUUGCUUGUAUUGGCCAAAACUUUUGAAAUGGUAAGUUAAUAAAGCAUUGUGUAAAAGGAAAAAGACAUGUGCUUGAAGUUGAAUUGAAGGUACUGAUAUGAACUUCAAACUUUAUAGGAGCUCAAAGAGAGAAACCUUACCAUUCAGAAGUUAAAAUAUAAAGUACCUCAUUACCUUGGAUAACAAGGUGUAGAGCUGGGUGAACACAGCAGGCCAAGCAGCAGGAAAGCUGACAGUUCGGUCCUAGCCCCUCCUUCAGAAAGGGACCAGGCCCAAAAUGUCAGCUUUCCUGCUCCUAUGAUGCUGCUUUGCCUGUUGUGCUCAUCCAGCUCUACACCUUGUUAUCUCAGAUUCUCCAGCAUCUGCAGUUCCUACUAUCUCUACCUCAUUACCUUGGUGUCAAAAUUAGUAACAGAUUUGUUUAGAACUUAAAUUAUGCUCUUCCUUUUCCCUCUUCUAGCUAAUUGUUUCUUUAAAAUGAUUCCACUAACAUAGCUCACUGUUAGUUUGGCAAAUGGUUAAUGUUCCUUGCCAUAGCUGCUAACAAUUUCUCAACAUUGUCAGUAAUGUAACAAAGCAUGUUCCUGACCAGUUGAUUAGAUUAAAAGUUCUUUUCCUUGCAGAUCCUAGUAAGAGAAAGCAUUUGUACCGUGAGCAAUUCAUAAUUAAAUGUAAUGCUUUCUGAAAUGGUUCAGGGUUUUAACAAUUCUGUUGCAUUGCUCUAAUCUUUAUUUAUGCGUUUCUUCCUUUUGUGGUCUUUACAUGGGGCUCACUUGAUUUUCUCUGAAGCAAAUUUAAUUCUAUUUAAAUAUUAUAUCAGAUUUCAGUGGGAGCAUGUGCAGUCUAUUCUGUUGUCUAAUCUUUAAGCUGAUAAGUGCUUUCUUGCCCAAGGAAUGCACAAGACAAGGGUGUGUUUAUAUUGCUUUUCCCCUUUUAGGAGCAGGUAAUCUUAGAAGUAAGGCGUUCAGUAAUAGGAUCCAACCCAUAUAAUAACGAGCGACAAAAACAGAAAUUGCUGGAAGAGGCCAGCAGGUCUGGCAGCAAAUGUGGAGAGAAGUCAGAAAUAACAUUUUAGGGCUCAGUGACCCAUCCUCAGGACCCAAAAUAUUAACUGAUUUCUCUCAUCAGAUGCUGCCAAACCUGCCAAGCUUUUCCAGCAGUAGCUGUUUUUUCUUCCUAAUUUACAACAUCUGCAGUUCUUCUGGUUUCUAUAUAGCUAGAUUGUGUUAAAGAAUUUUCUUUGCAGCACUACAAAUUUCUCAUAUCAAAAUAACAAAUGCUGCAGAUAUCUUCACAUACAACUAAGUAGUUUUGAAUAGUGAAGAAUCCCUGGUUGAGGUUCCCAUUUGUACGCAUCUCUAAUUAAUUUAUCUUUUAAAGAUUUUAAGUUUCCUUAAUGUUGCCUUAGUAUCUUUUCUUAAAGUUAGUCUCAGUUCUAUCUACUUAACACAGUCAGAUGAUAGACUUUCAUCUUUUGAGAUACUAAAGAUCUGUAUUUAGACUACCUAAAGUUUUAAUGAAUGAAGCCACUGAUGUACAAGAGUUUCUCAAACCUUUUGCUGAUGGCAUCUGGAGUUAAACAGCUGUCCCUUGAAAUAUUGUGCUGGUAGCAUUCCAGUAUAGUUCCUCAUUAAGCACAUUAUUCAAAUAGAAAUAGGGCCUACAAUGUACUGUUGCUUAAAAUUUGAAUUGUUCUUAAUUCACAUUUUAGUGUUGUUUUGUUGGGUAACUCAACUUUUAAACAAAAAUGACAUUGCAACAUUUGGGUGCACUGUGGCAGUUGCUGUAUGACUUUAAAGAUGUGAGAGCUUUUUAAACUUUUUGCCAGAUGCAAUUAUGUAGAAUAACAAUGUGCAAGUAUAGCUCCUAAAAAUUAUUGUUCUUCAGAAAUCACUUUGUUUUAUUAUUUGCAAUUACAACAUUUAGAGACUGUCUGUCUGUCUUUCUUUUUGGUAUGUUCCUGACUAAAUGAAUUUCAAAUAUUUUCUUAUGGGUUUAGGUUAAUAGUAAUUGCCAUUACAAUUCUCAUAAAUUAAUAUGGGCACAUUACAAUAUUCUGUUACUCAUUACAAUUAAUAUUAUUUAUAGGAAAAAUAAUUUGCCUAACCCUUAAUCAGCUGUUGGUAUCCAAUCUGACCAGGCCUCGAUUAUCUCUGUUGUGGAAUUAAGUAUCUCGGCAACGCAGAAGGUAUUAUAGUCAGUACCUGAUAGACUUGGAUAGAGCUUGCCUAGCCCUGAUUACUUAAUUUCAGUGACAUUAAUAUUGCCUAUUUUGUUCUGAAUUCUCCCCUACUUAGGUAUAAUUCAUAUCUCAGUAAAACAAAUUUCGUUUCUAG